AUGGCGUACUCCAAGGGCAUCCCUUCCCAGACGGGAGCUUCAUCGACGUCGCGCCUGGACAAAGAGCUUCAGAUACCGGAGGAUGGAAAUCUGAACUAUGCCAACCCUCUUCGUCCUCAGAUGCGCCGACCUCAAGGAAUCUCCACUCUCAGCCAAUGGGGGGAGCAAAUGUUCCCGGAGGGAAAGUAUGCCGGGGAGACUUUUCGGAAGGUCUACGACAAGGAUGUGAAGUACAGGAUGUACAUGAUGAACCACUCUCAUUUGACGUCAGCCUGGGCCCUGAGUUACCAGAACUACACCAGAGCGAUGCAAAUGGGAGAAAGCCAGGACCCAGUGGUGCCCUUGCCAAAGACAAAGGCCAAGGCAUCAUCGCCCAUGGACAUGAGUGUACCGCCAUGGCAUCACGAGGUGUCAGGUGUGGGAUGGGAGCUCAUGGAUCCCGAGUACGAUUUGCCAGCAACCACGAAGAGAGCUCUGAGUCCAGAGGGCAAGGGGAACGAAAUGAUGGUGUCUCGAGAUGUCGAUCGAGAGACGCAGUUGAUGACCAAGAUCGCGAUCCCUUCAGCGCGAGCUCGAGAUGAUCAAGAAGUCGAACGAGUCCUGAGUGGUCCUGAAUCAGUGACUCCAGCAUCUCAUUGCAGUUCACCAGGUGACAGUGUGUCCACUUCUUCACAAAAUGUUGUGGCAGAAUGCCAGAAGAAGUUAGAUCAGUUGUCCAUUGAGAUUGAAGAUAACCUGGAUGCGAUGCUGGCACUGGCGUGGGAAGUCAAUCCUUUGCGCAGAAAGUCAAUGUCCAGAACAUGCAAGCUGGACCUUCUGGAAGUUUACUGCGGGGAAAAUUCCAACCUUACCAGUGUGGCUUCUAAGAUGGGUUUAAGAGCAAGAAGGUUCACCUUAAAGGACGGAGACUUGUCUACAGCCCAAGGCCAAGAAGCGCUUUGGAAAAUUUUGCUGGAAGAAUGCCCUCGUGAUGUCUGGAUGUCUCCAGAGUGUAAACUCUGGGGAAACUUCAGCCGCUUGAACAUGUGUCGAAGCGCUGCAGCUCGAGAUCGAAUACUACAUGGUCGCAAAGCAGAACAGACACAUCUUAAACUUUGUGAUGAGGUCUAUGAGUAUCAAGUAGUUCAUGGUAGGCAUUUCCACAUGGAGCAACCACAAGGUUCAGAGGUUUUUGAACAAAAGAUGAUGGAAGAGAUUGUUCAGGGUACUUUGCGAGCUGAGUUUGACAUGUGUGAAGUAGGAAGACUCAAGGUCCCCAAAGGAAACAAUUUUCUUCGAAAACGUAGUGCAGUGCACACGACUUCACGAGAGCUCCAUGAAAUCUUGGACUCGAGGUACUGCAAGCAGCGACACAAUCACCAACCAAUUGAGGGCAAAGUCAAAUAUCUUGGGAAAUGGGUCAAUUUGUCAGAAUAUGCUGCCAGGUAUUCAAAUGGUUUUGCAAAGAACGUUUGUUGGUAUUUGUUGAGGAGUCGUGUCUCUGGGGAACUUCCUUUGGAGCUGUCUGAGUUGUGUUUGGAACCAUCAGUAUCCCAAGAGCAAUUGGCUUUUGCCGGCGAAAUCAAAGCGCGGCGAUGCAGAUUGAAGCGAGUGACCACAACAGAGGUGGAAACAAGUGGUGAUCUAACCCGAAAGGCACCCCGAAAGAAGUUCUUGGAGGAUGUUUUUCGUAGGAUUCAGUUAAGGGCCCCUAGAGCUGGUACUGUGAUUUUGGGAAAUGGGGAAGUAUUGCUUGGGGAUGCUCAAAAACUGUGUUCCACCUUUGAAGUGACAGCGGCUGAGAUUUGUCGGGGAACAGAUCGAUUCCGUGUUCCAAAAGGGUCAUAUGAUGAUCUUGAAGUUCCUUUGCGUCACACGUUCAUCAUGCAUCGAAACACCGGGGAAGUGGAAGAAAUCGGUGAACCUGAAGAAUGGUUGAAGCUUCCAAAAACUAGGAGAACUUUGAGAUCCAAACCAGCAAAGCUUUGUUUGACUGUUUUUGGAAAGAAAAAGGGUUCAUCGAGUUCCACUCAAGCGACAGGUGCAGAAUCAUCAGCACAGGAACCAGAAAGGACAGAUGAUGAUGUGCCUGUCAGUCUCAAACGUCCUGGUGUGAACCUGGAACCUGACAGUGAAAAACGACACUGUCCCGAAGGAGGUGAGGUUCCGACUGAAGCCAAAACUGAAGAGUCUGAGAAGGUAGAUUCAGGGGACUUUGGGGAUCAGUAUAAGGAGGGGUAUCCACCAAAGGGGAUUGCUUCACAUGGACCCAAGUUUCUUGAACUUACCCGAGAGGAAAAAGAAUGGCUUCGUCGGGAUAAUGCAGAUUUCAGUCGGGCUCUUCGACAGGUCUUCAACGCUAAGAACACCAUGUCAAGAAUCAAGGGUUAUACACCUGAACAGGCUGUUCUUGGUUUUGCUCGACGGUUGCCUGCAUCAAUCAUUUCCGGCGAAAGUGCCUCCAGCCACGUUUUGGCCACGGCUGAGGGACAUGAAAGUGACAAAUUUCGGAAAACCCUCGAUCUCCGAUGUUCAGCCAGAAAGGCCUUUGUAGAGGCCGACAACAGCAGUUCCUUGCGUAGGGCUUUGCUGCGAAGAAGUCGCCCCUUGAGAGAUCCUUAUGAAGUAGGGGAUUGGGUCUUGUAUUGGAGAAAGGAAUGCCUGAAACCAACAGUCUUCCGGAACCUGAACAAAUUCCGAGCUCUGCGUCCGAGUCUGGCCCUGCAAUUGCAGAAGAAGACGGGGACCCUCAAGACGUUCCCAAAUCAGUUGUUGAUGGGGAAUCAGAUCCCUUAA